AUGACACGCCGACUUGUUCGCGCGGGCGUGCAGCUCGCCAUCUUUGCGUCUUUUGUCGCUCUCCUCGUUGUAACCUUGGACAACCGAUUCCGUGUCCUUCCUGCCUCCAUCCAUGGCCACCUUCCAUCCCACUACGAUGGCUAUGCCAUCACCGAUGUCACUGUUGUGACCUGCUCCUCCAUGAACGUAUUUUCCAACUGCCAACCGAAUCAGGAGUCGUGGUCGCAAGUCGACAAAGACCUUUACCUUCGCACCGGCUGGACCUCAAGCGCAUUCAUUCGAUUUGAACGAAAGAAGGAGGAAGAACUUCUCCCUACCGACAAGGUCGUCAUCGAUCUCAAGAUCAGUCGACUUGUUCCCGAAUAUAUAGAAGACCCCGAGUCCCAAGGAGAGACAUGGGAACAGAGACCGGGUGGCAUCUGGCUGCGGCGAUCCGCGAAGCGCCAUGCGAGCGACUCCCAGAAGGCCAUCACAGCGAUCGAUGUCCUCUUCGGCGCCGACGCAGUUGACCCGCGGAUUGGCUGGGAAGUUAAAGAUACCCCGCUGUUACUGGAUAGUCGGACGGAGGGAUUGGAAACGCGUAUUAGCGUUCGGCGAGGAAACCCACCUAGACCCAAGAAACCAGUGCCCAGAAUCAAUGAAAACGGGCGGUUCAAGAUCAUGCAGCUGGCAGACUUGCACUUGAGCACGGGCUUAGGAGCCUGUCGUGACCCCGUCCCGGCGGAGCCUGUUCCGGGGCAAAAGUGCGAGGCUGAUCCUCGGACAUUAGAAUUCGUGGAAAGACUCUUAGAUGAGGAGCAACCUGACUUUGUUGUCCUGAGCGGUGACCAGGUGAACGGCGAGACGUCGCCGGAUGCUCAGAGUCCUCUUUUCAAGUCCGUUAAACUGCUUGUUGAUCGCAAGAUUCCCUACGCGGCCAUUUUCGGCAACCAUGACGAUGAGGGAGAUCUCAAGCGACCGGAGCUCAUGACCAUCCUGGAGGAUCUGCCAUACUCCCUAUCUGCGGCAGGGCCUGAGGAGAUUGACGGAGUUGGGAACUACUAUGUCGAGGUCCUUGGCCGCGGAAGCACGGCCCACUCCGCGCUGACUCUCUACCUUCUGGACUCCCAUUCCUACUCUCCCGACGAACGGCAGUUCCGUGGGUACGACUGGAUUAAGCCGAGUCAAAUCCGGUGGUUCAAGAAUACCGCUCAGGGGUUGAAGGCCAAGCACCAUGAGUACACGCACAUGCACAUGAACAUGGCGUUUAUCCAUAUUCCGGUGCCCGAGUAUCGCGACACUGGCAAUUACUACCGAGGGAACUGGAGCGAGGUUCCAACGGCUCCGGGGUUCAACUCGGGUUUUAAGGAUGCCCUUGAAGAAGAGGGCAUCCUAUUUGUUAGCUGUGGACAUGAUCAUGUCAAUGAUUAUUGCAUGCUUAACAGGGAUAACGAGGAGAAGCCCUCCCUUUGGAUGUGCUAUGGAGGAGGUGCUGGCUUUGGAGGCUACGGAGGGUACGGGGGCUAUGUGCGACGUGUGCGGUUCUAUGACUUUGACAUGAAUGCCGGUCGUGUGAUGACGUACAAGCGGCUCGAGUAUGGUGAGACGGAGGCGAAGAUCGAUGAGAUGAUGAUCAUCGAUGGGGGGACAGUGAAGGGGCCUGAGCCCGACAAUUAA